UAAGGUCGUAGUCCGAAGAGGCCGGGUUUCUUGAGUUGAGCAAGCUCCCUCACCUAGUCAUUUUGUAGGAGUACUCGCUUGCGGACGUGUUCUUGCACUCUCUCUCUCUCUCUCUCUCUUUUAUUUAAGAAAAAGAUACUCCUUUUAACAAACGGACAGGAAACGCGUAAGGAAAAAGAGUGAAAGAUCACUGAGCGAAACGCACGAUCGAUUUAACACGCCAACAUGAAGGAUAUCGUUACUGAGUUUAAUACAAAUGGCUUCGUCGUUCUCGAAGAUUUAUUUAAACCGGAAGAAGUGGACGAAAUGAAAUCUUGCGGGGAAAAAUUCACGGAAGCUUUGCCAAAUGAAGCGGAAAGGGAAAUUUUUAGUACGUCAGACGAACAUAGAGAUUUAAAAAAAAAAAGCUGGGAUCAAUAUUUCUUAGACAGUGCGAACAAAGUGUGUCCAUUUUUUGAAAUUGAUGCAUUAGAAAAGGAUGGUACUUUAAAAGUUGAUCCUAAAGUAUCUUUAAACAAAGUAGGUCAUGCAUUACAUUGGCUACAUCCGACCUUUAAAAAAUACACAUUUGAUGAACGAAUAAAAGAGGUUGCAUUCCAAUUGGGUUAUAUAGAACCGGCUGUGUGCCAAUCUAUGUACAUUUAUAAAAAUCCUGGCAAUAAUUCGGAAGUAAUUUUGCACCAGGAUGCAACAUACUUAUACACAGAUCCAGUUAAAUUACUGGGUUUUUGGAUCGCAUUAGAAGAUGCUACGCAAGAAAAUGGUUGUCUUUAUAUUGCUCCGGGUUCUCACAAAGGUGGUGUUAACGUACGUUUCCUUCGAAAUAAGGAUCCUGAUUCUGAACAACUUUUGAUACACGACAAACCAUACCCUAGCUAUCCAUUAGAUACUUUCCGACCUGUUCCGGUAACCAAAGGAACUUGUGUAUUAAUUCAUGGUCAAGUGGUACAUGGUUCUUUUCCAAAUAGAAGCAAAAAGACAAGAAAUGCUUAUACUUUUCACAUUAUCGAAACUAAAGAUGUGACUUAUGCUAAGGACAAUUGGUUGCAACCACCUGCUAAUGGAUUUGCACUAUUGUAUAGAAAUUAAAAAUACAACUAAUUUUUACAAUAAACAAUGCAAUAUUUAUAAAUAUGCGCGUACGUGGCAGGUUGUGCUCGUUUAUUUGUUCUUAGCGUUGAAGAAAAUUAAAAUUUUUAAUUAGUUUCUCUGUUCAUUCUUUAUGUUUAACUUAAAAUUAUACGAAAGAAAAAAAAAUAUAUUCUUUAAUGACGUUUUA